GGCAACCCCACAGUUCUGCAAUCAGCCGAAUAAACAAAUUAACAACUUGCUUCACCAACAACAACCGGCAUGCCAAGAAAUUCUUCCAAAACAGACAAGAAGUAACAGAACAGCAAAUAAACAAAGUGUUUGCACCAACUAUUAUGUCUGCAGCCAACAUGCCGACAACGCCAGGUGCCCAAGGAUCGGGAAAUCAAGUUCCCACAACCAGUACUGCAAUAGUAAACAACUUCCGGGAGCUGAUCAAGGAGCCGAAGAAUCUAGACGAGGCUGCAAACUACCUGUACCAAACGCUGCUCGACGACGCCGUGGCUGGGAUCUUCAUCGAGACACACCACCUGCGCAAAUCGGGCAACCUGGCCGCCUUGGAUGGAGUGCCAGAGGACUCGAGCUACCGCAUCUGCGAGAUGCCCAAUCUGGACAUAUUCGGCAUUUCGACGGCCAAGAAGCCGAUGGAUUGCACUUGUCCCAACUGUGAUCGCCUGGUGGCCGCCGCCCGCUUCGCUCCGCACCUGGAAAAGUGCAUGGGCAUGGGCAGAAUAUCGUCGCGAAUCGCGUCCCGCCGCCUAGCCACCAAAGAAGGUGCCACAUCCGCCCACCUUCACUCCGCCGGAAACGCCGGGGGCACCGACGACGAGGACGACGUGGACUGGUCGUCCGACAAGCGCCGAAAGAAAUCUAACCAGAACUCCCGGAACAAUGGUUCCAAAAAGAACAAUGGCAAAACCUUUUAGCAUGUAAUAAAAAUCUUCAUCAGAUUGGUCUUUGCCAUAGAACAGGACAUUUACAACGAGUAAAGGAUGCUUUCUGAUAAAAAUGCUUGACCAAGAAAUGCAAAAUGCGACCUAAA